AUGAAUCGACCUAGUAUUCAUCGUCUUGAUCUACCUAAUGAGAUACUAUUUAAUAUUUUGGAGAAACUUGACAAUAUUGACGUUCUUUAUUUGUUAUCUGGUAUUAAUAAUGAACGAUCUGUUAGUAUAACACGAGAUGAGACUUUUUCUAAUAUCCUUAAUGCUGCAUCAACUAUUCAUAGCACUACAAUAAUUGAUUCAAUACUUGGUCGAUUUUAUAAUUAUAUAUUACCUCGAAUUCAUAAACAUGUGAAAUGCCUCAUUGUUGAACCAGCGUCCAUGGAACAUGUUCUUCUUACAACUCAUUAUCCAAAUUUGACUGAAUAA